AAAUUGCACCCCCAAAAAAGAUGGAGUAUCAUUUUUAGUCUACUUCUUGAAAUAGUUGCCUUGUGUCAACCCAUUCCCAAACUUAUAUCACACAUUGUUUACAGGCUUACAGCCUUGGAGAAGGCCGGCUAUGAAUCUUGCAGACAGAUAUAUACGGUGAAGGAUUUGGAUUUCCAGUGCAGUGGUGUAAAAGGAAGACGUGGCACAGUGCUGAGAUCUGCUUUGGAAAACAAUCAUAGAAUUAUGAACUUUUAUCAUGCCAAAACGUUGGCGGAUGCAGAUUCUUUGGAUGCGAUGACAAAGGAAAACAUGAAAGUAAGUUUCUGAUUAUCCGCAAGAAUCCUCCCUCCUUCCUUUGAUGAGGGAUUCGUCAUUUCAAUCUGGAUUCGCUAACCCUAUCACCAUGCGAUAUACUCCUGGAUUCUCCGUGUUCAUCCUCUCCCUCGUAUUCCUCAUCCUCUCAUUCAUGCUCCUCCCUUUCCGCCCUUUUCUAUUUCUUCACCACCUAGAGAGCGCUCAGAAUCAAACCCUAUUGCAAUCUGAAUCAAAAGCACAAUUUUCGGAGGGUUUCCACCAUAAUCUUGGUCAAAAGCAGGAAUCCUCACCGAGAAAUUAUAUCGUUCGGUUCAAUAGAUAUUUGAAAUCGGAAUAUCACCGGACGUAUCUGGAAGAUAAUGUGGAAUUGGUAGGUUGGGCAUGGAUAGAAAGGAAAAAUCCGGCAUCUCGGUUUCCAACGGACUUUGCACUGGUGGCAAUUGAAGAAUCAAUGACAGAAGUUUUAAUUGAGAAGUUCACAAAUUUGAAGGUUGUGAAAGAUGUUUCAUUAGAUUUGAGCUAUCAAAGAGGAGUUCUUGGGAAGCAGAAUGACAGGGUUGGGGCUUUUUUUGAUGGGAAGAAGAGGCCAGGCAAGAUUUUCACUGCAAUGUCUUUCUCUGAAGGAGAGAGAAAUGCUGUGUCAAACACAAGUAACAUGAAAAUUAGCUGGAAUAGGGAGCUUUUGAUGCAGAAGUCUCAAGUUACCUCCAUGUUUAGUGCAGAAGCACUUUGGUCGAAAGGAUAUACUGGUGCUAAAGUAAAAAUGGCUAUAUUUGAUACAGGAAUUCGAUCUGAUCAUCCACAUUUUCGCAAUAUCAAGGAGCGCACAAAUUGGACCAAUGAAGAUACACUUAACGACAAUCUAGGACAUGGGACAUUUGUAGCAGGAGUUAUUGCUGGACAAGAUUCAGAGUGUCUUGGUUUUGCCCCAGACACUGAGAUAUAUGCUUUUCGAGUUUUUACUGAUGCACAGGUGUCAUAUACUUCAUGGUUUCUUGAUGCAUUUAACUAUGCAAUUGCAACCAACAUGGAUGUGCUGAACUUGAGCAUAGGUGGACCUGAUUAUAUGGAUCUUCCGUUUGUGGAGAAGGUUUGGGAGAUCACAGCAAAUAAUAUUAUCAUGGUUUCGGCAAUUGGGAAUGAUGGACCACUUUAUGGAACUUUGAACAAUCCAGCAGAUCAAAGUGAUGUUAUUGGUGUUGGUGGCAUUGAUUACAAUGAUCAUAUAGCAUCGUUUUCAUCACGUGGCAUGAGCACAUGGGAGCUUCCUCAUGGGUAUGGCCGCAUAAAGCCUGAUAUUGUUGCUUAUGGACGGGAGAUUAUGGGAUCCAAGAUUACCACAGGUUGCAAAAGCUUAUCUGGUACUAGCGUUGCAAGUCCUGUAGUUGCUGGAACUGUAUGCCUUCUUGUGAGUGUCAUUCCUGAAAGCAAGCGAAAGGACAUUCUAAAUCCAGCCAGUGUGAAACAGGCACUGGUAGAGGGAGCCGCAAAGCUUUCCGGUCCUAACAUGUAUGAGCAGGGUGCAGGAAGGGUCAAUUUAUUGGAGUCCUAUGAGAUUUUAAAGAACUAUGAACCUCGAGCUAGCAUCUUUCCUAGUGCUCUUGAUUACAGUGAUUGCCCUUAUUCAUGGCCAUUUUGUGUUCAACCACUCUAUGCUGGUGCCAUGCCGGUUAUUUUUAACGCUACCAUUUUAAAUGGAAUGGGUGUAAUUGGUUAUGUUGAAAGCCCACCAACAUGGCAUCCCUCAGAUGAGGAUGGCAAUCUUCUUAGUAUACACUUCACUUAUUCAGAUGUUAUUUGGCCAUGGACGGGUUAUCUUUCUCUGCACAUGCAAAUCAAGGAAGAGGGAGCUAAAUUUUCAGGAGAUAUUGAAGGCAAUGUAACUGUUAAGGUCCAUAGCCCUCCAGCUCCAGGAGGAAAAACUCGCCGAAGUACUACCUGUAUCCUUCAGUUGAAGCUGAAAGUAAUUCCUACUCCACCAAGAGAAGUGCGUAUUUUAUGGGAUCAAUUUCAUAGUAUCAAGUACCCUCCUGGUUAUAUACCUAGAGACUCCUUAGAUGUUAGGAAUGACAUUCUUGACUGGCAUGGAGAUCAUCUUCAUACAAAUUUCCAUAUUAUGUUUGACAUGCUAAGGGAUGCUGGAUAUUAUGUUGAAACACUUGGAUCCCCACUUACAUGCUUUGAUGCACGCCAAUAUGGGACGCUUCUCCUUGUGGAUCUUGAGGAUGAGUACUUUGCUGAAGAGAUCAAGAAACUCAGGGAUGAUGUCAUCAACUCCGGAUUAAGUCUGGUUGUAUUUGCUGACUGGUAUAAUGUGGACACAAUGGUGAAGAUGAGAUUCUUUGAUGAUAACACAAGGAGUUGGUGGACACCUGUUACUGGAGGUGCAAAUGUGCCGGCUUUAAAUGAUCUUUUGUCUCCGUUUGGGAUUGCAUUUGGAGAUAAAAUUCUUAACGGCGAUUUUGUCAUCAAUGGUGAGCAGACUCGAUAUGCAUCAGGAACUGACAUUGUGAAGUUUCCUAGAGGUGGAUAUCUGCACAGCUUCCCUUUCCUCGAUAGUUCAGAGAGUGGGGCCACUCAGAGUGGUCUGUCCUCUGGCAUGACCAAGGCAGACACGCCGGUUCUUGGUCUUUUGGAGGUUGGUAGGGGCCGUAUUGCAGUGUACGGAGACUCUAAUUGUUUGGAUAGCAGUCAUAUGGUUACCAACUGUUACGGGCUUUUGAAGAAAAUAAUAGAUUUUACAAGCAGGAGUGUUAAAGAUCCUGUACUUUUCUCUGAUUCGGCUAGACAAGAUAAGCCAUUACAUAUAGACAAGAAGCAAUUACCUUCCCGAAGAACAGACGUGAAUUUCUCUACCUAUUCUGCUGUUGUCGGAAAGGAAUUGAUCUGCAGGCAUGACUCUAGGUUCGAAGUAUGGGAAACUAAAGGCUACAAUUUACAUGUCAGAGGAAGAAACCGCAGAUUACCAGGGUACACCGUUAUUGAUUUGGGCACUGGCUUAAAUUCUAGUGCAGAGAGCUCUUGGAUAAAAAUAUCCAACACAACUAAGACGGACGUUGGUUAUUCACAAAGAAAAAAUGACCUCAACGGAGAUGAUGAAGAUGUGCCUGUGCCUAUCGCUACUCAUUGGCUUUUACCUGCAGGUGUUGCCAUUAUUGGGCUGUUGCUCCUUUUGAGCCUUUGGCGCUUCCGACAAAAGCGGCCUAGGCCGAGGAAAGCACCUGGUUCAGGCCGCAGCAUCUAUCCAUAGACAUUCAUGUACCCGGUUUACAUCAAUCUGCAAUUCUGCAUGCUGAGUUCUUGUAAUAUUAUUAUGGGACAGGACCGAGGUUUUAGGUGCCACCCAUCGUCACCACAGGCUGAGUUUUGUAUUAGUAAAGAUCCUCCAAAGAAAUUUUGCCUAGUAGAAGUAGAAGAUCCUUUCAGUAGCAUCAGAUUUCUAGAUGUAAAUUACUUGGCAUUUGAGCUGAAUAAUUGCCUUUUGAGUAGAAAAAGUCUUUUUCUCAUGA